AAUAAUCAAACCAAAAAGAAAGCUAUAGUUUGUGAGCAUUCAGAUCAAACAAUGAAGAUCACAUUUGUAGCAUUCGUCCUUCUCUUCGCCUUCGCCACAAAGCCACUGCUUAGAGCCGCCGAUGCAGCACCAGAACAGGUUGUUGAUACCUGCGGCAAAGUGCUCCGAGCAGGAGCCAAUUACUACGUAUUUCCAGCUCCGGCAACUCCAAACGGCGGUGGGCUUUCUCUUGCAAGCAUAGGGAAAGAAUGCCCACUAGAUGUUGUGGUUGUCCAAGGCGAUUCAGGCCUACCAUUGUCGUUCACACCCGUCAACCCUAAGAAAGGUGUCGUUCGUGUCUCUACGGAUCUCAACGUUGUGUUCUCUGGUGAUACAGAUUGUCCUCAGUCCAACGUGUGGAAGCUCGACGACUACGAUGAUACCACUGGACGGUGGUUCGUGACGACGGGUGGGGUCAUCGGCAAUCCUGGGUGGCAAACGGUGAACAAUUGGUUCAAGAUUGAGAAGUAUGAAGACAGCUAUAAGUUAAUGUACUGUCCAACUGUGUGCAGUAACUGUACUGUCCAGUGCAAGGAUAUUGGUAUAUAUGUUGAUAGUGAGGGAUACCAUCGUCUUGCUUUGAGUGAUUCCCCAUACAAAGUUCAGUUUCAGAGAGCCUGAAGAUUGCUUCAUCAACAAGAAUUUUAUGAAUAAUGCAUAAUUUAUAGGUUUCCCAAGUAGGGUUCUUAUGUCCUGCUCUCUCCAACUAAUAAAACAACGAAUAAAUAAAUAAGCUGGUAGAGCUUUCUGCCCA